GGCAAGAAGCGCUCGCGCCUCACGAGUGCAGGACUGGCCCUGCUCCUAAGUCUACCUGCCCGCCAAUGCCUCACUGAUAGACAGUAGUAGCUGCAAGGCAUGGCGCAUGAUGCGCUAGAUCAGCCCUUGAUCCCCUAUCAGCUCUCGCCGCCCGAAUGGAGACGAGCAUGGUCGACUACGACGGACGGUCGACUCGGCUUCCCUGGCUUCGGACCCCAUUGCGACGCAGCUCAGAGGGAACCCGACGAGUCUGAAGUCAAGGAUGGACUAGCUAACGUCAAAGUAGUGCACUCGGAGACAUUUUCAGCUCACCAGAUGAUCUACGACAAGCUCAGCAAGCCCGAUCAGCUCGUUCACAUGUCGAGCCUGGUGCAAGCCGUCUUGAGGGAGCAAACCCGUGCUCGAAGCAUCGUAGAACCAUCCUCAUUUCGCUUGCCCGCGCGUGCGACUCUGAACGAUCAGAAACGAGAUGCCUGGCUCUGUGAUCUCGCGAGUCCAGACGUGCCUCUUGCAAAGCUCUCCAAAACAGUACCGCAUAGCUUCAAGGGCGAGAAAUUGCUUAGCAUGCUUGUUCAACGGCGCGUGCCCAUAUCGCGCGCUCUUUGGUACAUCAAGAUCGUGGGCGCUUCAGACAUUGCCAGUCAGCGGCAGAAGCCCGGCUUUUCGGUCGCCACCUAUACGCGCGAAUUUACCGUGCAAAUCACCGAAAUGCUGCGCAGGCAGCUCGCCGAGAUCACCAUGCCGUCUUCUGCAUUGCAACCUCGGCCCGGCAUGAGCCUUGUGACGAAGACAAAGUCUAUGUUGAGCGAGGAGGAGCAGCGACUGCGGUGGACAAUGCGCGUUGCGCACUCUCUCGAGCUUGUCCAACGUCUGCAAACGGAAAACCUGCUCGACUUGUCUGUGCUGCUCGCCUGGAUCACUGAGCAGAUAGAAACGAUGCCUGCGCCGCGCGUUGUCUACGUUCUCGAGCUUGCCAUCUGCCUCGUGCACUCAUACGCUCGAUCUACCCAUCUCUCAAUUGCGCUUAUCAUUGCUUGUGCGAAGAGGAUGCUGAGCUCGGAUGAAACAUUGCCUCUUUCCAGACAGGGAAUCUCUUACUGGUCAGCACUCUUGCACAGACUAUUCGUCGCAGAUCCCGAGGUGUUCCUUUUACCCUCUCUUUGGCUGAGCCACAGCCCGCAGCUUGAGGCAGCUAUUCUGACAGGCUGCUCCACGAUACAGCAACAGACCGCGCUUGCUCAAGCCCUCAAGUGCAUAGCGCAGCGGUCGCUCUGGAUUACUUGUGCUUCCCCUAGCCAGUCGAUCGAAGCCAACAUCAACGGGAACGCAUUGCGUCCCCUAGACCUGCUCGACGGUAUCAAUCUGCAGACAAGUGACUUUGCAAAGCUCGCGCGCCUGUUUUUCGGUUGCCAACAAUCUCUGGUAGCUUCACUCGAGCUGUCGCUAGCUUGGGCUACGUCCCGGACUCGGUCUGGGAACUACCGUCAGUUCGCCGUCGCCAAGCUCAUGGCGGCUCACCUGCACUCGAACGGCUAUCUUGCCCGCGAUCUGCAGUCGACUUUAGCUGCUUGGUUGGACAAGAUGGACGCUUCAUCGCCAUGUCAGCCUGAUCUUGUGCUGACCGUCUUCGAUUGUCUGAUCUCGCAAAACGUGUUCGAUCUGGCAAUAUAUGGACAGCGUAUGAUUGCUAUGGGGCGCACGAGAAGGCGUCAUAGCUCAGAUUCGCCACGGAUCGAUAUCAUAGCAAGCUUGCAAAUUCUGCACGAUAACAAUCUUUCGAGCGCUGCUCUACGCGAACAGCUAGCACUCCUGGGACAAGUGGACGCCUCUGACAUGCCCGCUGUUGCUGAAUGGCUACAAGCUUGCCGAUUACAGCUCAGCGACUCAUCUGCGUCUCGAAGUCGUGCGACGAGCAUGAAUGUGUUGCGCAGGCACGUCAUCCCCCGCUUGCUCCCGCAUCUUAUCGCAGGAUCGAGUAUACACGCUACCGCCGAAUUGCUGCUGCUUUGUACGGCCACGCGCGACUUCCUGAGCUUACAAGGCUGCCUCCAGGCUCUUAGUAAGCAUUGUCGAACAGAGGAAUGUGCACUACUCUUGAGCGACGUAGUGCUCGGCAACCUGACUGUUCUCAAAAUCGUCGCUGUCGCCCUGGACGAUGUAGUCAAGGACAUGCUGACCAUCUGCUUCCAGCUACACCACAGUGGGCAUUGCUCUGCCCGUCUGACUUGUGCCUUGCGCCGUCCUGGCUUCGCCACAUGCAUCAGCGCGCAUGAUCGCGAAACCCUGAGCAGCUUGGUCCCCACGCACAUCCGACCCUCGCCCAUUGCGACCGUAUCAGAGCGCUUCAUCGUCAGCGCGGACGUGCUACAUGACUUGCAGGCCUUGCUACGAUCGCAAAUUAAUAUAAGUCAGCUCGGCAGCUCUCUGUGGCAUAAAUAUCGCGACUGCGAAGGUUCAGCAUCCAUCAUUGUCAAAGCAGUUAUACACUGGCUGUCGGAAGCGCCCAGCGACGGUGUCUUCGCGGAAGAUAUUGAAACAGUCCUCCUGCUCUUAGUCGAUCUUGACCAGCGCGUGGGCGAGAUCUGCCAACGCGAGGCCAAGCUUGCCUUGGCAGAUUGCAGCUCAGAGCGCACUGCGCCGCAGCUGCUCGCCUUGGCGCCUCGAUUGGUCGCGAAGGGUUUACUGUUGCUCGAAGAUGCCCUUCGCUAUAUCAUCUCACCAUGCUGUCUCGCGGUGUCGGGGUCGAGCCACAUCGGCUCCAUGACCACAGUCUUCACUUCAAGUCUGACUUUACUUCUUGCUCCGCAUUCGCUGCCAGCGAUCGAACAAGUGCGAGCGGACAGUGCAGUCUGUUCAUGCCAGCUUGACGUUCAGCUAGUCGCGAACGUGCUUGCUGAUCUCGACCUCGUCGAGGCUCGCGCAACUGGCUGCGAACAGAAUCUGUGCCGUUUGGUGCUGGCCAGCCCACCCUUCUUGAUCAACUUCCUGGCAAAACCAGUCGAAAUACUGGCCUCUUGGAAUCAGCGGCGGGAAGUCCACGGCUUAGAUACCCUCGAACCGCGGUUCAUGCGCGAGCUGGCAUCUGCGGCCGUGCAGGAGAGCGACUCGGACCUUCCGCCCUGCCAGUCCUGGCUAAGGAUUGCGCAUCGUUGCAAGAUCGAGCUCUUUGCCGACGCCCUAUCCAUCAGUCAGGAUGAGCACGCGAUGAGUAAAGAUAUGCUCUCCAAUUUCUCUUCCGAAGAGAUCGCUGCCCGUCUCAUGUCCGAAUGCUUGACCUCGCGAGAACCUCUCAUGACGCAUCAUCUAACAAACUUGGUCAAGCGCGAACUCGAAAUGCUUGGUCUGGAGAGUGAUUGUCAGACGUCAGCGCAGCUACUCGCCGCCCGCCGGCUGGUAUGUCUUGCGCUCAGCCUCUCUGCUUCUGAGCGCUUCACCCCGCCUGCUGCUGUAGAAUCUGACAACGUCAUCUUGAUUCGCUGCAUGACAUUGCAACUCAGACUUGGUGAGUCAUGUCAAGCCACAUCGACUGCUCGACUAGCGCAUCAGAUAGCUAUGCGCGAGCAGAGCUGUCUUGUGUAUUUCCUCGAUUGCCUGUCAGCUUGCUUCGAAGCUGUCGCUGGCAUACCGAAAGAGACUCAGGAACUGCUCCGAAUUGCACGAACAGCUCGCGAGUCAGCAACGAGACACGCUCUGCAUGGACCCAAUUGCGAGCGUGUUCUCUCCAGACUAUACAAGAUGGCGUUCUCAGCCGAGAUCGAUAGCCAACUGGGCCUGCUCUCCCAUAUUCGUGAAGAUGACACGAGCUGUGAGCGGAUUGACUUACCGACUUGGGACCUCAUCGAAUCGGUCGAAGCUAGCGCCAGCGCAGACAGCCUUACAAAAGGCCUGGCGAACACGCGCGCAUUGGAUCUUGCUGACUUUGACGUCAGUAUCUUGGACCAAUGUGUGGACCCGAGGACAGAAAACGAAGGCAGAGGGCUCGGCAAGCGUAGCACCUUCGAUUCCGAAACACCGCUGUUGACUGAUGCGUUAUGGGCGAGGGACUUUCGGCGCUCUCUCAGACCAGCGCCAAUCCUUGCCGCUCGCGUCCAAUCAGGAUCAGCCGCGGUUCCCGCUGCGGCAAAGCGCAAGCGAUGAGCUUCACGGGAAUCGAUGUAAUUAAUUGCUCUGCUCGCAGUCAGCUAUAUGAUUUUAGGCUACAAAGACGUUGGUCUUCUGUCUCCCACUUACCCUCUCCUUGGUAUUGUUGUUGAAUCCUUGGCGGCGCAAGCCCCAAGCUCUGUCGAUGCAAGGUCAAGCACGUUGUUGUCACAGCUCCUUGUUGAAGCCAAUCCUUGCAGUUUGUGGGAU